AUGGGGGAGAAAUCCUGUGAGCGGCUGUGGUCGCUGGUCUUCGACUCGGACUCAGAGUGGUGUUUCCCGUUCCCCGAAGGUGCUAAAGAACAGGGCAACGGUGGAGUUGUGCCUCGAUUUCCUACUUCCGCCCAUGGUCUAUCAUACGGGCGUUGUGGAGGCUGUGCUCUUGUACCUCUUGGAGUGAAGAUCAGGUAGGUUAGACUGCUCUUGUGCACUGUUGUGUCACCUGCUUGAGCAGACCUCUAGCAAAGUGCUGCCAUCUUCACCGGAAGUCAGGCGCCACCUUGAACUCUUUGUCAUAUUUUUCAAACCAUUCAAGAACAAGAUUCAUUCAAGUGUGGCAGGGGGCAUUAUCCUGCUGAAAGAGGCCACUGUCAUCAGGGAACACCAUGGCCAUGAAGGGGUGUACAUGGUCUGCAACAAUCUCUAGGUAGGUGGUAUGUGUCAAAGUAACAUCCUUACUACUUCACAUCCUGCUGCCAUCUCUUCCCCAGGUAAACAAUGCACACACACCCAGCCAUCCACCUGAUCUAAAAGACCUUAUAUACUCCAUGGUCCAGCUCUGACACUCACAUCCCUAUUGAAGUUGCUUAUAACGGUGUACAGGGGUCAUCAUGGGCACUCUGACUGGUCUGCUGCUACACCUUUCUAUCAUGGCUAGCAGUACGUUUUUCAGCAAUUUGAGCUACAGUAGAACUUCUGUGUUAUUGGACCUGAUGGGCUUCUCUCCCCACAUGGAUCAAUGAGCCUUGAGCACCCAUGAUGGGUGUCCUUCCUUGCACCUCUUUUGGUAGGUACUAACCACUGCAUACCAGGAACACCCCACAAGAGUUGCUGUUUUGGAGAUGUUUUGACCCAGUCGUCUAGUCAUCACUAUUUGGCUCUCAGAUCUUUUUGCUUGCCCAUGUUUCCUGCUUUCAACACGUGACAUUUGGGAAUUGACUUUUCACUUGCUGCCUAUUAUAUCCCACCCCUUGAUAGGUGCCAUUGUAAUGAUAUAAUCAAUGUUAUUCACUUUAUCUGUCUGUGGUUUUAAUGUUGUGACAGAUAAUAUUUAAACAUAGAUAACAUUUAAAGGAACUUGUAUACAUGUAUUCCUGUCACUAUAGCUGUGAAAGCCUAGCUGCGGCAAACAGCAUCUCAUAGAGAUGCAUUAAUUCAAGGGAUCGCUAUGGGGAAAGUUCAGCACCUCCAUGCACGAAGACGCUGAACGUCAGUGCUGCACAUUGUGUAGUACUGACCCAGGAAGCACCUCUAGUGACCGUCUGAGUGACUGCUACUAGAGGUGUAACAAGGCAGCAAUGUAAACACUUUUUUUCUGAAUUAAAAAGCCUGCAGAGACAGACUGUAUGCACAUCAGAACUAUAUUAAGCUGUAGUUGUUCUGGUGAUCAUAGUGUCCCUUUAAGGCAGGAGUUACAUAUGACAUAUUUCUAGGUAAGUGUGAGUCUUCCAGUAACAAUCCAUGCUUCUAUGUUUUAUCUGACUCACAAGAAUCUUGUAAAAUGAUACAAUAGGCAUAUUUGCUUUCUCCAUGUUUAUAAUCACUGAGAAGUUUAUUAAAGUAACAUAGUAAUCUAGGUUGAAAAAAGACUCAAAUUCAUCAAGUUUAACCUGUCACACAUCUGUUUCUGCAGUUGAUCGGAAAGAGAGAGAAAACCUCACCAUUCCAAUUUUAUAACAUGACAGGAGGCUUCAUAUUUGCUUAAGUCUCUCUUUACUCCACAGCAGCACAUUAACAUAGAGAAAAAAACAACGAAUCAGAAAAAGUUAGGUACAAUAAAACUCCCCUCCACACACAUAACUUCCUCUUUCUUUGCUGCUCCAUAUCAGUACAGGUCAGGUGGAAUGUCAUUUUACUUUAUCUUACCUUAUUUUAUUCAGUCUGUUUCAAGAUUGCUUGUUGUUUACAUUAGAGGGAUUGGCUUUUUUGUCUUUAUAUAUUCUGUUUUUCCCCCCUGCCAUAUUCUGUUUCCUGUUACUGCCACUGGACCUCACUGGGGUUCUUUGGCAUGACUAUUCCACUUUUUGCUCCAUCUAUUCUUUUCCUCAUUACUUUUCCCGGUUGAGGGUUUUAGCUGCUCGGGAGUCUCGAGAGCUGCUCGGGAGUCUCUUAGCUGCCUCCCCCGACCUCCCAAGCACCGAGACGGGAGUCCCGCGUGUUUGCUUGCAGCUUCCUUGGACCUCGUGCUAUAGCGCAAGAUCCCGAUGACUGGAGCCUCUCUCUACUACCGACCCAACUUGCACGACUCAUCCGAGUCGCAGCCGGCAUUUGCUGCGGCCUGUAUGCGUCCGGAACAGAGGUAGAGAGCAUGGGUACUUUACUGUCCCUCCACCAGCUGGGCAUCUUUCUCCAUGGUAAGUGAGGCCCUUGGGUCUCCCCACAUAGGACGAAGGGACGUCGCGUGAGCCGGGAGCGGGCUCCAAGGCACAGGUAGGUUUCUUUCUCUACUAGCUUUUUAUGCUGCAGUAUCUUUAUAGUCUGGAGUCUUCCUUUAUUUUUUCUGCAUUACCUUACCCACGUGUAGAUCUGUUUCUCUACAUUCACUCCUCCAGGGACAGGAUUCUUUCCUGCCCCUGCCAGGUUAGGGCCUUCUCAUGUAGCCUUUGUGUACUACUCCUUAUGCCUUGGCGUGCCAUCCCGGCACAGUGUUUCUCUAGUUCCCAUUUUUUUAUAAUUUUUCUACGUUUUUUUUAUGUCUGUCUGUAGCUGCAUAGCCUACUACCCUUGUUUUAUAUAGUUUGGUAUACUUAUUUAUUAUAUUUUUUUUGCUUACCUUGUUUUUUCUUCCUGUCCAUCAUGUUUCCUUUCCUCUUAUGUAUUUUAGUUUCUCUAUUGUUUAUUUGUUUUGUGUCUUUCGGUAUUUCCUCCUGGACAUCGAGAGGCCGCACCUCUAGCCUCCUCCUAUUCCCAGGCUUUUGAGGACAGCGGAGAACGUCUCCAGCGCCUCUUCAUUACCGGCAGCCAUCUUGGAUCCCGUGCACUUAUGCGAGAUCCCGGCAGCAAUGUUUACUUUUAUUAG